AAGGCAACAUGUCUUACCAACUCUAUCGUAGCACCACUUUAGGAUGCAUAUUACAGGAAACUUUGGAUGAGCAGUUAAAUUCUGGGAAAAUUCGAGCGCCAUUAGCGUUAAAAGUAAUGGAUCAAUUCGAUAAAAGCAUGAGCAAGGUGCUUAACGAACGUAUUAAAGCAAAAUGUACAUUCAAGGCAGGAAAACUUGAUACAUAUCGUUUCUGCGAUAAUGUUUGGUCACUGUUUCUGAAAGAUGUCGAAAUUCGCGACCGUGAAAAUUCUAUCAAAGUGGAUAAUGUAAAAAUAAUUGCGUGUGAAGCGAAACGCCGCAAAUUAUGUGAAUGGGAUGGUGAAAUUCAUUGAGAUGGCGCGUCUUUUUAUUAACAAUACUUGGAUCAAC